AUGUUCUGCUACGAUAGCAAAAUUAAAACUUUGAGGGAUAAGGUGAAAGAUCUUGAAACUAAGGAAUCUGAGGUGCGAGAUUUGGUUGUUGAAGCAAAGAAUAAUGUGCUAGAUAUUAAAUCUUAUGUUGAAAAAUGGCUGCAAAAUGUCGAUGAAAUAAAGAAAGCGGCAGAUAAAAUUUUUGAAGAUGCAACAAAUUCUGAAAUGCAGUGCCUAUUCUUUACAUGUCCAAAUUUGACGACCCGUUACUCGCUUGGCAAGGACGCCACAGAGAAGACUGCUGAGGUUGCUAAACUCCUAAAGAAAAGAUUUCAAAAUGUGGCCGAACCUAAACAACUGGUGCAAAUACCUUAUAAAAACCCCGGUGACUUUGGAGAUUUCGAAACAAGGAUAUCAAUUAAAAAGGAAAUCAUGGAUGCUCUAAAGGAUAAAGAUGUCAGCAUAAUUGGGAUAUGCGGCAUGGGUGGAGUAGGUAAGACGACAAUGGCAAAAGAAAUAGAUUUCGAAGCCAAAAUUGACAAAUUAUUUGAUGAGUUUACAUGGGCAGAGGUAUCUCAAAAUCCAGAUGUAACUAAAAUUCAGGAUCAACUUGCUAGUAAGCUCGGUUUGAAAUUUAACGAUUGUACUGAUAAAGAUGAGAGAGCUGAACGACUUCGUAAAAGACUUGGAGGUGAUAGAAGUAAGAGCAUUCUCGUAAUAUUGGAUGAUGUUUGGGAAGAUACUGUGUUGAAAACUAUAGGAGUUCCUUCAGCAGGGGAUGAUAAAGAGUUGAAAAUUCUAUUGACAUCACGCGAUAAAGAUGUGUGCAGAAAAAUGAGAGCUCAAAGAAUAUUCGACGUCGAUCUUUUAAAUGAAAAAGAAUCGUGGGAACUUUUCAAGGAAAAGGCAGAAAUUUCUGAUGAUGCAACAGAUGUUAUAAAGGAUACAGCAGAAAAAAUUGCAAAGCAAUGUGGUGGCUUACCUCUCGCUCUUGUGAUAGUCGGCAGAGCCCUCAGUAGAAAAGAAGAACAUGAAUGGAAGAAUGCACUUGUAGAACUACGGAGUUCUGCAGUGACCAAUAUCAAAGGAGUGCCCAAGUUGUACUCAAGGAUAGAGUUAAGCUACAACUAUCUAGAGAGUGAUGAAGCCAAGUCCUUGUUUCUGCUAUGCUCUCUGUAUCCAGAAGAUUCUGAUAUUGCAAUUGAAGAUUUGGUUAGAUAUGCAUGGGGGCUAGAGUUGUUUAGAGGUACAAUGACAUUGAUUACAACCAGAGAUAGGGUAAAAACGAUUGUUGGUCAUUUGAAAAGUUGCUACUUACUGCUCUCACCUGAGGAUAAGGACCAUGUAAGAUUGCAUGAUGUUGUAAGAGAUGUUUGCUUACAAAUUGCAUCUAAAUACAAAAUGUCAAAAUACACUGGUUUGAAGGAGUGGCCAAAACAUGAUAACAAUGAAUCGUACAGUGCAAUUAGUUUGACUUCAAAUGAGCUGAAUCAGCUUCCCAGUGGGUUAGAAUAUCCAGACCUAAAGUUUCUAGAAGUGACUUGCAAUCAACAGUCACUGAACAUAUCCAAAGAAUUUUUUGCCGAUAUGAAGGAGCUCAGAGUUCUUGAUUUCACUGCUAUGAGGAUUCACAUUCCAUCAUCAAUCCAAUUGUUGACCAAUCUUCGAACUUUGUGCUUGGACUAUUGUACAUUAAACACUGAAAAUUCUACUUUUGGGAAUUUAAAAAUGUUAGAAGUUCUCAGUUUUAGAGGCUCUGCUCUCGAUCACUUCCCUGAAGAUAUAGCAGAACUGAGCAACCUAAGGUUAUUGGAUUUGAGGCUGAAGCACAGAUCUAGCUAUUGUCCACUUCCACCUGGUAUCUUAAUGCAAUUGAAGAAACUGGAAGAACUUUACUUAGGUGUCGUUGAAAUAAGAGAUGAUGAACUGGAACAACAAGGGGACAUUAUUAAGGAGAUAAGUUCAUUGACUAAUCUUAAUACUUUCCAAAUUUCCACAAAUGAUCCUCAGUUUCUGUUGCAAAUAUUACAUGUUUUGUGCAUUGAGAAGUUGGAAAGAUUUCAUAUCGAAUUAACUGACUUAGAGUAUGCGAAUGAGAACAUUUUGGAAUAUUAUUAUUUCGGAAGGAGAUUGCAUAUACGUGGCAUUACUUACGCAAGUAUGCUUUCACAAUCUGCAAUUAACUCAUUGAUGUGGAGAACUGAACAUCUUUCUAUAGAAAUGGACUUGAAUAAUCUCGAUGAUCUUUCUCAACAAGUGAUGGAGAGGAAGAAUAUGUUAGAUGAAGAUGGCUUCAAGUAUCUGAAUAGAAAUCAUCCCAUAGGGGCAUUUGAUGGAUUACAAGAGAUAAAUCUAAAUGGCAUACCAAAAAUGAAACAUUUGUUCAAGGGUGUCAUCAGACCUCCAUCACUCCACAAUCUUAUGUUUCUUACUAUUAAAGGAUGCCCCUCAUUGAAAAGCCUCUUUUCUGAGUCAGUUGCAUCAGGCAUGGUGAAUCUCCAAAGUUUAUAUAUUUCCAAUUGUGAUAGGUUAAAGGAAAUUGUUUCCAUGGACAGGGAACAAAAUGAAGUUACCCGAAUGCUUGAAUUUCCAAAACUACAGAAUAUCAUCCUUGAGGAUUUAAGAAAUUUUAAGAGCUUUAGACGUGGAACUAACAAGACUAUUGGUGUGCUCAAUCCACUGUUUAAACAGGUUACAUUGCCUAACUUGGAGACGUUGAACAUUGAUGGACUGGGUUGUACUGUGACAAUAUUGGAUGAGCUAAGGCAAAUCAGAUCUCAUAAACUUAGAGCAUUGAGGAUAGCAAAUUUGGAUGAUGUGUCCAUUCUGUUUGAUUUUGAGUAUACAAAAGAUGAUGCAGAAAUUAGAAUACGUGGUCAACUAACAUUUUUGCAGGUGGCAUUUCUACCCAAAUUAGUGCACAUUACAACGAUGUUUCCUAAAGGAAUUUGUAUCUUUAAGAAUUUGACAUAUCUUAUAGUUGAAAGAUGUGACAACUUAAGGUACUUAUUCUCACCUUCAAUGGCCAAUUCACUGGUGGCUCUAGAAGGUGUGUCGGUUCUACAAUGUGAAGCAAUUGAAGAGAUUAUUGGAAGACAAGAAGAAGACAACACUUCAAACAUCGAAAUUGUGGAAGAAGGAACAACAAGCAGAAUUGUGUUUCCUAAAUUGAGAUAUCUAGAUCUUUGUGGUCUUGAUAGAUUCAGAUUGCUUUCCUCUCAGAACUAUGAAUUCGUGUUCCCUUCACUAGACUAUUUGCGCAUUGAAAAUUGCCUUGCAACCACAAAAUUGUGUUCAAGACAACUACUGAGCGCACCAAAGCUUGAUAAAGUAUGGAUAAACGAUGAACAAUCCGUUGAUAUUUCAAAUUUCCUGGAUUUUGAAGGCUCAAUACAGAUGUGA